AUGCGGCGCGGGCGACGGCUGGCUGGCUGUCGCGGAGGCGUGCAGCCCGGCACGGCGCGACAAGUGUUCCCCUGGCGGCCGGCCGUGGCCCGCCACGGUCCAGCGCGAACACCGAGCCGGCCGCAGCUCGCCACGCCUAAUUCCGUCUCUACGGCGCUCCCGGCUCUCGCCGGAAGUCCUUGGCCUGGCUUGUGUGUUGCAGUCCUGCGAGAUGACUUCCGUCCGGAGCCCAAGGACACCCGCGUGGCGGCCGGCGAGACGGCGCUGCUGGAGUGCGGGCCGCCCAAGGGGCACCCCGAGCCGACGCUCGUCUGGAAGAAGGACGGCCAGCCCAUCGACCUCGAGGCCUCCACCAGGCUGCGCGUGGUGGACGGCGGUAACCUGAUGAUCACGGACGUACGGCAGGCGGACGAGGGCCAGUACCGCUGUGUCGCCCAGAACAUGGUGGGCGUACGGGAGAGCGCGCCGGCCACGCUUACCGUCCACGUGAAGCCGUUCUUCAGCAAGGAGCCUGCGGACGCUACGGUGCUGGAGGACCAGUCGGUGCACUUCCAGUGCCGCGUCGGCGGCGACCCGGCGCCCAACAUCCUGUGGCGGCGCGACGACGGCAAGAUGCCCAUCGGGCGCGCCCAGAUCCUCGACGACAAGUCGCUGCGCAUCGAGAACGUGGUGCCGGCCGACGAGGGCGUCUACAUCUGCGACGCCGAGAACGUCGUCGGCAGCAUCUCGGCGCGCGCCACCCUCACCGUCCACUCUCCGCCGAGGAUCACGACGCAACCACAAGACCAGAAAGUGGGUCUGAAUGGCGUAGCCCUGUUCGAGUGCGCAGCAUCCGGCAGCCCGCCGCCAUCUGUGUUCUGGACACGUGAGGGUUCGCAGCAGCUCAUGUUCCCCGGUAACGCAUACGGCCGUCUACACGUUGCUGCUGACGGGUCGUUGCGUAUCCAAGGCGUUCGCCGGGAGGACUCUGGGUUCCUAGUCUGCUCUGCCUUGAGUGUCGCUGGCUCCACAACUGAGAGGGCCUUCCUAGAGGUAACAUCAGUAGCUGAUGUACCUCCACCCAUUGUGGAGAUGGGACCAGCCAAUCAGACACUGCCCCUGUCAUCUGUAGCAGCACUACCGUGUCAGGCGACAGGCACACCUCCACCCAGGGUGCGCUGGUACAAGAAUGGCUCACCUCUAGUGAGCCAAGGUCCUCGCAUCAAUGUUCUAGACAAUGGGACUCUUCAUAUUGACAACCUCCAGUUGUCGGACUCAGGGCUAUACACCUGUACGGCCUCCUCGGAAAGUGGUGAGACAUCCUGGUCUGCAUCUCUCACUGUGGAGAAGAGUCCAGGUCCCAGUCUGCACCGCACACCAGAUCCUGGCACGUUUCCUGGGCCCCCCUCUCAGCCACGCAUCCUCAACACCACACAGUCCAGUGUGGCAUUGUCAUGGCAGCAGGGUCGACCAGGAGCAUCACCGCUCAUUGGCUACACCAUUGAGUAUUUCAGUUCAGACUUGCAGACUGGCUGGGUUGUGGCUGCCAACAGAGUGACAUCAGAGGCUAUCACAGUAACAGACCUGAAGCCAGACACUUCAUACAUUUUUCUUGUGAGGGCAGAGAAUAGCCAUGGACUGUCAGUACCAAGCCCUGUCUCAAGUGUAGCUAAAACACUGAGUUCUGCUGAUCAGAGAACCGUUCCUCGUUAUGAACUUGAUGAAGCCCGGAGUCGUCUAAGUACUAAGGUGGUUGUGUUGCGAGAUGUGAUGCCUCUCAGCUCCACAUCAGUGCGACUUGUUUGGGAUAUUUUGUCUGGUGAGGAGUACGUCGAAGGACUGUAUGUCCGAUUCUGUGAUCUCUCUGGUGGCUCUCAGAAAUACAAUAUGGUAACAGUUCUGAAUGCUGGCGCCACUACCAAUACAGUGACGAACCUCAGGAAGUUCACAAAGUAUGAGUUCUUUCUUGUACCAUUCUACAAAUCUGUGGAAGGACAGCCAUCAAACUCAAAGCAUGUGCAAACUUUGGAAGAUGUACCUUCUGCUCCACCGGACAAUGUCCAAGUUGGUAUGCUGAACACAACUGCAGCAUUUGUUCGCUGGUCUCCACCUCCACCACAACAUCAUAAUGGAAUUCUCCUUGGAUACAAGAUUCAGAUAAAAGGGAAAGGGAGCAAAGUUCUUGCCCAAAUGACACUAAAUGCAACAACUACCUCAGUUUUGCUGAACAACUUGACAACUGGCAGCUCAUAUACAGCACGUGUUGUAGCCUACACUAGGGUAGGACUGGGGCCAUUCUCAGCACCUGCCCCUCUGGUAAUGGAUCCUGCUUUAUUGCACCAGUAUCCACCAAGGGCACAUCCCAGUGAAAGUGGCGCAGCUGGAGGUGUUGUGAGAGAAACCUGGUUCCUUGUCCUGAUGGGUGUCCUCAUUAUUGCAAUGGCUGUUGGUCUUGUGGGUUUUAUCUACCUUCGCAGGAGGCAGGCUCUUAGCAAAGAACUUGGUCAUUUAAGUGUUCCUGUUGUGCAUGGGAAUGAUAUUCCUCAAUUGAACUUGAUGAAUGGCAAGGAAACACUGUGGAUUGAUAGAGGCUGGAGACCUACUGAUUGUGCUGACAAAGAUUCAUCUGGUUUAUUGGAGACAAAGCUUCUUAAUAAUCAGACACUCAACCAUGAGCUCAGUUCAAAUACAACUGAUUAUGCUGAGGUUGACAGCCGUAACCUGACCACAUUUUAUAAUUGCCGCAAGGAUCAGCAGCAGCCGGAAAUACCUGCACCUUAUGCCACAACAACUCUCAUCAAUUCACUUCCUCGGAGGGACAAUUUGGAGAGCAGUCAUUUGUUUGAACCAGUUAAUGUGGCUGACCAAGGUGAAUCAAAAACCUCUAGUUCAAGUGAUUCUUGUGUGAAGCACAAUUUGUCGAGUAUGGAAACUAAUCCAGACACUGGAAACAAAUCAAGCAGCAUGAGUUCAGAAAUUGGAAGUCUUUACACAGAUGACAACAGACUUCAAGCUAACAAGUUACCAGUGUCACAUCGUGGGAAUGAGUUGCUGCCUAACUGGUCCGAAUUCUUGCCACCUCCACCAGAGCACUCCCCUCCUUCUGCCAGCACGAGGCUUCUUCCAGGUCAAGCACCUACUCAAACAACAAACUCUACAAAUCGUGGAGUUUCUCCCAGUUUUCACUCUCAUCAACCAGGAUAUAAUCCAAACAGUCCUCUAUUAGGCAAACGUAGUAACUGCUCGAGAGAAGGCACUCCUGUGGGACAACUGCACCCUACUGAUGGAAGUGGAGGAGGUAGUUCAGGGCAUGGUCCACCAGUGCCUCCUGUAAGAGGAGGCAGCAGUUGUGGCAGCAAUGGUUACUCAUCAAACUGGAAUCCGCAGCAGGGAGGAAGUGGGGCCAACUCCACAGGAAAAGGAGAUUAUGGAAACAGCAGUGGGCGAUACGCUAUGCUGCCCCCACCACAACAUCCUCCUCCGGUACCAAAUUUUCCUCAAGGAUUUAACUGCAACCAAGGGAGAAGCAGCAGCAACCACAGUGAUCAAUCUUUCCAACACAAGCCUGCUAGUAAAAGCCCAUAUAGUGACAAUCCGCAGGAGGAAAAUAUAUAUGAAAGUGGCUCUCUUCUUUAUGGAGAAAAUCCUAGCACUUAUUACAAUCAACAGAACAACUCAGCAACAGGGUCACAGCAUGGAAGUGGAGGAUAUAAUGCGAUUGACAGAGGUGUUCAGUCAUCCUUACCAAGCUUAGCUUCAGAGCACCUGUCAUCACGAUUGUGCCACCAGAACAUUGCCCAGCAGAUGAUGAAAGAUUUAGGCAUUCCCAGUGGCCAGCCAGCCUGUGCAGACUCUGACUACAGUGACUGUGAGAGGUGGCACGGUUCUACGACAGCCGGCAGCUGGGAUGAAGACCGGGGGAGCUGCAGCAGUGAUACAUGUUGCUCAUGCAGUGAUUCCAACUGCCCCUAUGAUGGUGCUGUUGACCAUGGUGAACAAGGGCCUCUGCAGGGUCAAUGUCAGUCAUCGAAUACUACUGGCUGGCGGCACAGACCACACCACCUGUUGGGUGGCUCUCGUCAAGCUCCUUGUCGAAGGCCUGUCUCUCCGUGUUAUAGCACAGACUCCAGCUACAGCUGUGCUCGCCCACCACAUCUGAGGUCGACCCCACACCACAAGCCUCAGCACCAUUCACGAACAGAUGAUGUUCCAGCAUACGAGAAACCAAACUAUCCCACGUCACAGUCAUCUAACAGCAAUACUUUAGGAAGUGGCACAGGCAGUCAGAGAGUUAACAAGCUAGCCAGCAUGUUUGCUAAUGGACCAUUUCCACUUGGUAAUUCAGCAUCAAGUUCCAGUUCUGGAGAUCAACAUGAGAAACAGCCUUUAAAUGCCAGUGAACCUAUUCGAUAAUACUGUUUGUUGGCAAUGACGUACCAAACUAAAAGACUGCCUAAAUUGUAAUUUUAUUAUAUUUUCAUUUUAUAGAACUUUGAAACUGCAUUUUAUAGCUGAUUAACUGCCAUUUUGUAUUUAAUGAUGUAUAUUGAACUGGUAGCAAAAAUGUUAAAAUUGUUAUUACAACUAUAGCUUAUCACAUUUGGUAUAUCAUGGAAUUUCUAUACAGCAUGCACCCAGAAGAGGCCUACUGUGGGAUGGGAGGGGGAGUGUCUAACCAGAAAAAAAUUUAAUAAUACUGAAGGCCUAAAAGGCCUAAAAGAAUUGGUGGUAUAAUAUUGCCUCUGAAAUACCUGUAACUAAAAUUCUGUGAAAGGACUAUCCAAAAGGCAUUUAUUCUGUCCUUUACAUCUUCACCACAUAUUGGAUUAUUCCUUGUUAAUAUAGCAAAUAAAACAAAUACUAUGAAUAAUAACACCUGCACAACACAUGUUAUAUGUACUGUUGCCACUGUGCACUAAAGUCUCACUGACUACUUUUGUAUUACACAGUAGAAAUGUUCUCCAUUUAAGAUUAAUGGGCUACGUCUACAUGUCAUAAAUUUUGCAAUUUUGUGGUAACUGAUUUAGAUACGAUCAUUGGUAUUCCUACUACCAAUCAAGGUGAAUACUGGCUGUAUUAAAAUAAUUUAUUGAAACGGCUAUGAUUUCGUUCAAAAGUCUAUAAUACGUAAAAAGCAAAUAAAAGUUUUAUGCUAAUUUAGUUAAUUACAUAGUAUUUUAGCACUUGAAUUAAUUUUGAAUGACAUAAUGACAGAAAUCAGUAAUAUGUGGAAUCAGUUCUGUUAGAAUACUCUGGAACACUGUACAGGACAGACAGACAGUAAGUGACAAAGUAUCACUCUGUAAUAAUAAGUAACAUACUGUCAUUGUAUUAUGGUGAUCUUCAGUUCAUGAUAUGCAUGGAAAUAUGUGACAAAUGAUGAUUAGAAUUGUUAUUUCAUUCUACUGAUUAUGUGUUUUCAGUCUUAUAUGACUUUUAAAAACAAUUGUGAAGAUUGGCCAUUGAUGCACAUGCAUCAUAAAGGAUAAUGUAUUGAAACCUUAGCAACAAUGGCCAAAGAGAGUAAACAGUUAACUUAUUUGGAGUGUAUUGUGGCAGGUCACCUGAAAACCAAUAUGUUUAUUAGAGAAUUCAUUUACAAUCAUAUUACUUAUGCUCAUGAAAUUCACAAUGUUAGCAUACAUUGAAUAAUUUUGUUAACAUUAAUGUCAUUGUUUUCCAAGGGACUGAUGAAGGAUUGUAAAUUAAUUUUAAAGUAUAGUUAAUGCACAAUAAACAUAAAUCUAAUUAUGAAAAAACUCUGUUCCACAUCUCCUGUUUUCCAGUUCAUGCUAUUAAUACAAUACAUUAUUUGUGACACUGGUUUGGUAACAUGUUUUUCACAAAACUAGUGACCAAUUCCGCUGCAUUGUGCAGUCAUAGACCAUAAUGAAAGCAAUUAAAUUUAAGCUGACUAGUCAAACAAUUUUAGUGUCCUCUUAAGAAAUCUGUAGAGGAAUUGUGUAUGUGUCAAACGCUGUGGUACAUUUUAGAACGACAUGCAUAUCAGUUAUUUUAUGUUGUACCUCAAGUGUACUGUAUGUAUUAUAUUGUAAAUAACAGAAAUAAUCCAUGACAGCAUAAAAAUCUUUUUGUAAGUAAUUAGUAUGAAUGGAAUGAUGUAUUGCCUACACAAAAUGUAAAUAUGUGCUGAUCUGUAAACUUCGGACAGUGGUUCUGCACACAGAUUAUGAUUGCUGAUGUUACUAACGACAAGUUUAAGUUUCCUCUGCUCUUAAAUUGUUUUUGUAAAUAAAAGUGCUUUAAAACAAUAAGAAGAUGCUCACUUAAUAUAUAUUCUGAUAUAAAGACACAGAUUGUAUCAUAAACCAUAUGAUCAUGUACUACUGUGUAUUCAAUAGUUUAAGAUGAAAAACUCAUUGUGAACAUAACAUUGGUUUAUUUGGAAGUAGAUAAGUAUCAGCAGAUAAUACCAGCACUGAAGCCAUUGUCUUGGUUCAAAAAGUUUCACUUAAUUUAUCCCACUCUCCCAACAUUUCAGAAAAUCAUAUUGUUUGUUGUUAUUCCCAAUGAAUCAUACAUAAAAUCCACAAAUACUAGAGCUAACAUGUUCACAGGUUCCUUAACUCAGCUACUGCUCAUAGCUCACACGUGACUAAUUAAGUUGCCCUGUACAUGAACAGAUACAUUUUUCCUAACAAAUACAGUAGCUUAUAAAUGUGUUUAGUUAUCUCAGACAUGAAAAGGUACCUCAAAAUAUUGCUGUCAUGUAUAAUUAUAAAAGUUAUUCUUAAAAUUAUUUGUUUGUCACUGUGUGUUUUGAGAUUAUAUUAUAGACUGUGGUAACAUGUUCUUUGGAAAACAUUGGCAAAUCUCAUGAACUAAUUGUCACCUAUUUUAAGGUUUAAGCACAAAAAUGCUUCUUACUUUUCUUCACUAGAAGAUGUAAACUUUCCCAUGACAUUUUAUGUCUGUAGGAAGAACAGCAAACUUAUAUCCCUUUAGCAAAGGUUUCUUAAGGUUACUUUUCUAAAUGUAUGCCAAAUUUCAAUACUUUCCACAGUACAAUUAAUUUCAGCCUGUGUUCAUGGAUAAAAUGAAAAACAAAACCCUCUUUUCCUUUAGUAGUGUAUAUUUUAUUCAAUUAAUCUUACAUCAUAAUGUUUCAUGAAAUUUCUGCUUCUUUGUUUUCAACAUUAUCUGACAGGAGGCAACAUUCAACUGAUUGCACUAUGAAGAAAGGCAGUCAUUGGACGUUGUUUGGGUUGGCUAUUGUAUUUACAGCUUCAUUACUCUCACGUCAAGUUGUAACCAAUCAAAAGUCUGCAUCUACAUCCAUACACUACUAAUUACCAUGAAAUGCAUGGCUGAGGGUACUUCCAAUUGUACCAUACAUUACAAUUUUUGCCUGCUCCAUUUAUGUAUGUACCAUAAGUGUGCAGAAACAAACUCAACUUAAGAGUAUACCUAUUAUAAAACCCCAAUGACUGUUAAAGGCUUAGACCUUUUCUCUUUUGAUAAACAGAUGUGUGCAACAAAAAAAUACAUUUGAUUGUUCUAAAUCAGAAUAAAAUAAUCCUGUAGGAAUACAUCUUAGAACAGUCAACAAAAAUAGAUCUGCAUGAAGAAACCAGUAACAAGGAUUGAUAUGAUUUUUUUUUUUUUUUUCAAAAUUAUAUUUGAGAAUAUGGAAUAUAUUAAAUGCCCUCUGAAAAAAUGAUACAAUAAAUAACAUACAGUUUAUUUGUGCAAUAAAAUAUUUGUAGCUGUUAACAUAUUUUGAGAGCUGUUUGUUUUCCUUAUUUAUGAAAAAUAAAAAUUUUUAUAGUAUCAGACAAAUUGUGAUAAAAGGUGAAACUCAAUAAACUGAUACAGUGUUUCUCUGAAUAGUUUCAGCGAUGUAUGUAGCCGUCCUGACAUAGUCUGUCUGAUAUAUAUUUGUGCAGAUAAUUAAAAAUGUGAAUUUCAUGGUCAUCUUCUUCUAAAGUAAAAGUUCUUCCACUUCAGUAGGUCAAUUCGAGGUAUGAGUUUCUUGAAUAACAGAUAUACAUAUAUAUAAUAGUCAAUGUUGUUACUUUUUGUGGUGCAUAAAUAGUGUUGUUGACAUUAGAACUGUUCCUAGCAUCACAUUACAAAAAAGUGAACAACUGCUAAUGAAAUGGUGGUGCAUUUAACUGAAACAAAUUUAAAAGUAAUGAAUAAUCACACACCGAAAGGGUGUUUAUGUUUCGUACUACUGUCAGCAUCUCAUGCUCUUGUAGAAGUAAACUUGAACUACAUUGACUUUUGUUAUAUAUUUUAGUAAGCUGGGCUUUUAUAAAGUUUUGUAUAGACUUUUGUAUAUCAAUGUAAUGUAACAUAAUGUACAUAAUGUAACAAACACACAAGUGUAAAAUAAAAUUCAAUUCUUUUUAA